AUGGAGCCGGACGUGAGCAUGGAGACCGGCUCCAUGAUCCGUGUCGCAGUGCUUCCUGUGGGGGGUCCAGUUCCCCCGGACCAGCUCCGGGACUAUGUAUCCAUGCUGGUGCGACACCAACAAGUCGCGCUCUCCUCCAUCAGCUCCUUCUACAUGGAGCAUCAGAAGAGCCCCUUCACCAACCAGCCAUGGGAGACUGGCAGCCUCCGAUUCAAGUUCAUGGUCGGCGGCUCCCCGCCCAGCCCCUGGGAGGACUUCCAGUCGAAUCGGAAGAUCCUGGCCGUCGUUGGCAUCUGCCACUGCCCCUCGUCGCCGGAUCUGGGCCUCGUAUCGGAGCAGUUCACAGCCGCCUGCAAGGGUUACGCCUCGGCUUUGGUGGAACGGUGCUUCGCCUUCUGCCCCAGCGACUCUCAGGUGCUUACAGAACCUAAUUCGCAUUUCCCUCUAUCGAUAUAGAUGGAUCGCGCCCUUGAAAUGAGCGGAUUUACUGAGCUUGUAUAGCCAUUUUUUUCAUUUGUCACUGCCGGUGACAUAAUUUCACCUCGAAAAGACGAGUAAGUUCGCCGAGGUUUACAUGUCUUCGUAUCUCGAGUUCAGAUUGUUACGUCCCGUUCUUCUGUUAUUCAUUGAUCGCGAGGCAAGUGACUUGGGAUACCUCAUUAAAUUUGGCUUGUCUGUCUUCCUAACGGAAAAAUCGUCUUUCUAGUUAUCCUGGCAUGCCAGAGAAGAGAAGGGUACAAAUGUGAUGUUGAAUCGACACUGGUGAAAUGUAGGUUUUAAAUAGCUUAAUAUGCAAAGUGAAACGCUAGAAAUUUGAAGAACACCGCACGUUUAGGUUUCGAGGACCUUUUCACCCACUUGAGAUAUUUUUUGACGAUUUGAAAAUGUAUGGUUUAAAAAUAAACAUCUAGGAAGCCCUCCCAGGAGGCUUUCUAAACUGAUUUGGACUUUUUCAUCCCAUUUUUAAGAGUCGAGCUUUGCUUUACUUUUAUCUCUCCUUCUAUCAACAAUAUUUUGUCGGCGCAUGUGUAUUCGAAGUGUCUGUUCCUUGGAACUUGAAAAUAGAUGAGUUUAGAAGAGUCUCACUAAGCGUGAUAUGUCCUCAGUUCUUUAGGCUUUCACGAGAUUUAGACUGCGUCUGACCUGGCGUAAACUCCCACUAUAAAUGUUUCACAAGACCUACCCUGAGUCUAGUGAGGCCCUAUUUGCCUGUGUACAAGUUCUACAAGAUUUUGCACAUUUUCUAAUUGGACCUUAGUUCCCAAUAUAGACCUUUUAAAGCGAUCCUCAUCAUUGUCUUAAUUCUCUGGUUACUCCCUCAACUUAUUACUCAUUUCAUUCCGUUAUUUGACAACUCUGCACGAGUGAAACCUGACCCUAUGUGUUUGACUUUGAAAGGGUCGCUGAAAAUUAGUUGGCUACAAAGGCUGCUCUGUAGAUGCAUGUCCCUAUAAAGGGGUCAUGUAUACAUCCCUUGGAGAUUAUCCAUCAAAAUAGGGACAUUGCCUUGAGAUGUCUGAAUGACAUGCCACCUUUUCUAAUGGCUUGUCGGGGUACAGAGCGUACAUGGUGCAUUGACUGUUUGUCGCCCAACAUUAUGCAACGAAAGGCACUUCUGAAUAUACUUAACAGAAGUUAUAGCAAUUAAUUUAUAUUUUUCUUUGCUGUAAACCUUUUUAGGCCUAAUUGUGUCAAGAACCUUCUUCAUUUGGUAACUUAGUGCAACCAAGCGCUUUCAAAUGGCACUGAAAAGGAACCUACUAUGUUCGUCUCCACAAAAGUAUCUACUAUCGUUCCAUGAUACCACAGUGUUCUCUUUUCAUGUGAUGGUUUAUUUAUUACCUUCUCACAGAAAAUAGUGUCUGUACAAAUUGUAAUCUCCAUCAUUUGAAUUUAUUAUUUUUUAUGAACCAUCUUUGUUUUCGUUCAUAUUAUUUUGAUUUUUCUGUCACCACAUCAUUUGUAAAUUCUUCUUUUUUUGACAGCUAGAGGACAAGUUCAACAAAGACCGUCGUAUAAUAUUGUUCCCUCCCUCUGAUAGGAAAACUCAGGAAUUUCACAUGCUGACAAUGGUUCAGGACCUUGCUGCCUCAUUGCUGAUGGAAUUUGAGAAAUGGGUUCUCAGUGCAGAAUCUGCUGGGACAAUUUUAAAGACGCCUUUGGAUUCUCAAGCCAGUCUUAGCUCAGAAGAGGUUGCAAUUCUUUUCUUUUUCAAUUUUGGAGGAGGUUAAUUAUUUUUAGUUUCAAGUCAACUAAGUUAUUGACUGAAAAGAAACUUAUGCAACGUCAUUUGGUGAACACAGUUUAUCAAGGCCAAGAAAAAAAGGCUUGGUCGUGCGCAGAAGACAAUAGGAGACUAUUGUUUGCUAGCUGGAUCACCUCUUGAUGCUAACGCUCAUUACACUACUGCAAUAGAGCUUGCCAGGUUAACAGGAGAUGUUUUCUGGCAUGCAGGGGCCUUGGAGGGUAGUGUCUUUGCCCUACUGGUAGGGACACUCUUUAAGAUUGGUAAAUGAAAUACAUGUUUUCACUGAAAUUAUGACUUUCCAAAUGCAUGAAUUGGUUGAAGUUUUGUUGUCAGACAAUUAUGCUGUCAUCCUGAAAUUUUGUUGAAGACAUUUUCAAGUCAGUGUAUUGUCUUCUAUGUGGACAGGUGGAUCGAAUAGAUGUUAGAGACCCUGCACUUGAAGAGGAGGUAAAAUAUCGUUACUUUACUGUCAUCCAGCUGUACAGAAGGUCAUUUCUUCCAGAUAAUUCCCGAAGGUAGUUGUCUGUUCUUUCUAUCUUAUUCCAAAAGUAGAGUCAGGUUGACAACCUAUUAGUUUUCUUGUUGACUCCUUUUAUAACACUUUACUUUUUUUCUUCAUAAACUACUUCCGUUUUUUUUUUGUCCGGUCACUUUUGUUUUAUGUUAGAUUAUUGAAGUAUUAUAUAAUUUCCCUGAUUCCCGUAUAUACUACAGUCCUGCAAAAAGGAAAAAUAUGAGAAUGGCAAGAUACUUCUUUUUUGUAGCCAUUGUUGUGUACAAAAUUUAAUAAAAUAGUUUUGUUUUCAGUACUACGCGAAUGAUAAUACCUAGGUGCUAUUUUAGUGAGUAACAUUAUCCAUUGUCUUCCGCAUUUUUCUUGUAGAAAUAGGUUUUCUCCACUGGUUUGUUUGCACCUUUUGCAACUUCUGAAACGUGGAAGACACAUGAAUGAUUGAUUUUUCUGCAUAAACGAUCUUUGUGCGCUUUGUUACAUUUCUACCAAUUAUAUUCGUAUUCAUGUACUGCGUUUUGUAAAUUAUUCCAAAAUUCUUCUCUUAGAUCUUCGUAUUGCUGCUUAGACCAUUUAACUACUUUUAUCAAGCCGGACACUGAUAUUUCUACCCAUACAGGAAGGAAAAUUAGCGGAUUCAAAAACUUUGUUUACUGUAAUUUCAUUCAAAUUUGUAUUUGUGUGACACCUUUCAGUGGAGUUCAUUGUUAAUUGCUUCAUUUGUUUCUUGUAGAAUUUCAACAGUGAGCUUUGAACUUGAGGCAACGUUGAGAUUGGCUAGAUUCCUUUGCCGGUAAGUUUCAGUUGAUCCCAUGAAUUCCUUACAGAAAAUCCAAGCAUUCGAGUAUUACAAACAUAUUCGCUUGUAUAUGUUUGUGUGCGUGUACCGUCCUUUAUCUAUCAAUGUAUCUAUAUUGCAUCAUGGCUUCCAUAGGUUUUUUAUUCGAAUUUCUCACACACUCUUCUGAUUUGAACACUGCCUUCACAUGUUAACUCUGACGGCUAGAGAAGCCGGAUUAGUUUUUCCUAAAGCGUCUUCUAUUUUUCUAAUGCCUGGAGAUUACAUGUCGACAUUCUCAGUUCACGCCAUCCUAUUAGGUCUAUUAUCCACUCAAUUAUCACCACAACCAAGGUUGGAUGAUUCAGUUGUAUCAGGACUAAAUCUGAGUAAGAAUGUCCCUCAAAAUAGUUUCCCUGAAAAUCUAACCCAUAUUGGGGAUUAACAUCUUGAAAAAGUGAUGUGAUUUGUACAUUCGAUGCUAGAGUUGCUUUUUGAUCAUUGAUGAUUAUUAUUUUUUAUUUUUAUUUUAACUCUUACUCAAAAUCAUGCCAUUAAGAUUGAUCUUUGUGCAUUCCUGGUUUUUUAAAAUUAAAUGUCUAUGUUUUCUUUUUAAUUCUUGAAAUGUCUGCCUGCCAAUUCUUUCUAGCUUUUGUAUGUCACUUGAAUAUCUUAAGAUGACUUUUUGGAGUAUGAUUUAUCUGAUCCCAUACUUAUUUAAUUUCCAAGAUCAACAUAUCUCUAUCCAUGCGACCAAAUUUGCUUGAUUAAUAUCGUUAACAUUAUAAAUGUAUAUCUUUAUCUUUUGUUCUUUAUGGACCUUUCCUGCAAUAUACAAUGUGUGCCUGACAAUUUCUUAUUUAUUGUUUUUCCAAUAUUUCAAGGCCAUCCGCUGAAAAUGUGCCUGAUAUCUGCAUCCAUUCUCGCCAUCUUUCUUAAUUUCUUGGAAACCAAUCACACGCUCGAUGGGUCUGACACGUUCUCACUUUGUGAAUCGUAUUGACUUUUCAGCCAUGAGCUUGCUAAAGAGGUGGUGGAUUUAUUGAUGGGCGCUGCUGACGGUGGAAAGUCCCUCAUCGACGCCAGCGACCGCCUGAUUCUAUACGUUGAGGUCGCUCGCCUAUUUGGGACCCUUGGCUAUCACCGAAAAGCUGCCUUCUUUUCACGUCAAGUUGCCCAGCUGUACUUGCAACAGGAUAGCGCUUAUGCUGCUAUAAGCGCGAUGAAGGUGUUGUCGUUGACUUCAAAGGCAUACCAUAUUCAGAGCAAGAGAGGCGACUCCAAUUCAGGUGCUUCCCCCAAUGUAAGUUGUUCUUCUCCGUUUGAUCUCCUUCUCUGACUGGUCUUUAGUUUCAUUUCUGUCUUCUGAUGCAUUUGUCAGAUUUAGAAAUAAAUUUUCUUUUUUUUCUUUUUUUUAAUCUUUUGAAAGGAGGCAAAGUCAACGCACGCUGAGGGCGGAAAGGUGCACCUCCAGUCGAUCGUCUCCUUGUUCGAGUCUCAGUGGAGCACCCUGCAAAUGGUCGUUCUUCGAGAGAUCCUGAUGUCGUCCGUCCGCGCCGGAGAUCCUCUCGCUGCCUGGAGCGCCGCAGCCCGCCUCCUCAGAUUCUAUUACCCCCUCAUCACGCCCCCCGGCCAGAGCGGCCUCGCGAGCUCCCUCGCCAACUCAGCCGAGCGACUCCCGCAAGGAACCCGCUGCGCCGACCCUGCGCUCCCUUUUGUCAGGCACGCCCUCUGCCCCAUCUAUCUAUCUAUCUAUCUAUAUCUCUGUCUCCGUACUCGUCCUCUGACCGUAGAACCCUGGAUCAAGCAGGCUGCAUUCCUUCCCGAGCCACCAUCCCUCGCAGACGGACAUCGUGAAGCGGACACCUGGGAAGGAGGACUGGUGGCUGGGCUCUGCCCCUUCCGGGCCCUUCAUCUACACCCCUUUCAGCAAGUCCCCUUCCACCGGCGGCGCCGCCAAGCACCACAACCACCACCCGCCGGAGCUCACCUGGGUCGUGGGCGAGCCCGUCCAUGUCCUCGUGGAGCUCGCCAACCCCUGCGGCUUCGACCUCACCGUCGACAGCAUCUACCUCUCCGCCCACUCCGGCAACUUCGACGCCUUCCCGGUGAGCCUUCGUCUCCCCCCGACCUCCGCCAAGGUGGUUCCUUUGUCCGGCAUCCCCACCGGCGUGGGCCCCGUCUCCAUACCCGGCUGCGUCGUCCACUGCUUCGGCGUCGUCACAGAGCACCUCUUCAAGGACGUGGACAACCUCCUCCAAGGCGCCGCCCAGGGCCUCGUCAUCUCCGACCCGUUCCGCUGCUGCGGCCUGGGAAAGGUGAAGCUGGCGGCGCCGCCCGCCAUCACGGCGGCGCCACCGCUCCCGCUUUUAGUCGCCCACGUCGUCGGCGGCGACGGGGCGGCGAUCCUGUACGAAGGCGAGGUCCGCGACAUCUCCCUGAGGUUGACCAACGCCGGCACCGUCCCCGUCGAGCAGGCCCACCUGUCCUUCUCCGGCAAGAACCAGGACGCCGUCGUCAACGCCCCAUACGAAGCUCUCAGGUCAGCGCUCCCCCUCCUCCCCGGCGCGGAAGUCAGCCUUCAAGUGACCGUCAAGGCCUGGCAGCUCUCCCCCGCCGACAGAAGGUCCAAGCAAGGAGCCAGCCCCCUCCUCGUCAUCUACUACGCAGGUAGGUACUCCAAUCUCUGUUCCUUCUUCUUCCUGAAACCAUAGCGUGUCACUGUUUCUUCUCAGGGCCGGUGGCGGCGGCGCCGGGGCGGCGGCUGGCGGUGCCGCUUCAGGUCUCCGUCUCGCGGGGGUUGCGGUUCGUGAAGGCCCGGCUGCUCUCCAUGGAGAUCCCCGCGCGGGUCAGCGAAACCCUGCCGGCGGCGGCGCCGCCGGCUGGAGAGGAAGAUGGCCGGAGAGGCGGGCGGCUGGUGAAGAUCAACCCAUACAGGGGGAGCUGGGGCCUCCGCCUGCUGGAGCUGGAGCUGUCCAAUCCCACCGACGAGGGCUUCGAAGUCAACGUGGUGGUCCUGCCGGAGGGCGGCGCCGCCGCCGCCACCGACUGCUCGACGACCAGAAUCGACAGGGAUUACUCCGCCAGGGUGCUGAUCCCGCUGGAGCACUUCAAGCUGCCGGUGAUCGACGGCUCCUUCUUGGGCAAGACGGAGAGGAGCGCCAAAGCGGAGGUGGACGCCUGCAUAGACAGCCUGAUCUCGAAGAUCAAGGUGCGGUGGCGGUCCGGGCGGAGCAGCCGCGGGGAGCUGAGCAUCAAGGAGGCAGCGCAGGCGGCGCUGCAGAGCUCCGUCAUGGACGUGCUCCUCCCCGACCCACUGACAUUCGGUUUCAGGCUCCGGCGAACCGGCGGCGCCGCCAUCGCCGCCAGCGAGAUGGUCCCCCUGGAGAUCCUCGUCCGCAACAACACCAAGGAGCUGAUCAAGAUGGACCUCACCAUCUCCUGCCGCGACGUCGCCGGCAACAACUGCGUCGACGGCGACAAUGCCACCGUUCUCUGGGCCGGUAUCCCCCCCACACACCCUUUUCUUCUAGCUCUGUGCUCUCUCUCUCUCUCUCUCUGUAAUUGGUUGUUGGGUCUUUCUCUCUCUUUCUUGUAGCUCUGGGCAGGUAUCCCCCCACACACCCAUUUCCUGUAUCACUGUGUUCUGUCUGUCUGUCUGUCUGUCUCUCUCCUCUCUCUUUCUCUGUGUGUAAUCAGUUGGUGGGUCUUUCUCUCUCUCGUUGCAGGAGUUCUGAGCGCGAUAGGGCUGGAGGUGCCGCCAUUGGAGGAGACGGCGCAUGGUUUCUCGCUCUACUUCAUGGUGCCUGGGGAGUACACUCUCCUUGGAGCUGCGGUAAUAGAAGAGGCCACGGACAUGCUUCGAACCCGAGCCAGGACCGAAUCCCCCGAGGAGCCCAUCUUCUGCCGCGGCUCCCCCUUCCAUCUGCAUGUCACAGCCGCCGUAUGA